CAAGAACAGGGCUCCGGGCACGCAUGGACGCGCUCUUCGAGCAGCUCUCCGCGCUCGCCGACAUGGCGCUGGACGGCGGGGGAUUCGACCCGGCGCGGCUCGACGGCAUCCUGGCGCUCUUCGAGGGCGAGGCGCGCGCGUCGUGGGCGGCGGCGGCGGCGGAGCACGAGGCCGUGGCCCGCGCCACCGAACGGGCCGCGGAGGCCGCCGGGGGACACCUCGAUGCCGUGGGCACGUACCGCGGGUCGUCGGGCGAGGCCGGCGCGCUGGCCGCCUCCACCGCCGCUAUGGAGAUGGCCUUCAACGCGACGUCGAGGCCGUAGGUCAGUGAGAAAUACUAGAUCGAUCGGCGAUCCGAUUCGAUUCAUCUGCUGUGCGGACACAAUCUAUCACACGGUGCGUCUGCGUGUGCGUCUGUCCGCAACACAUGUUUACGAUUCCGUAUCAAGAAAUGGUCGGUGGGCUCGGAUCCGAUUAGUGCGAUCAUUUACCACUGGCACUUGUUA